AUGAAAAUAUUUAGGUUUUUACCUGAUAAGCCUUAGCCUUUGAAUCAAUUGGGACCAUCACUUAUUAUUGUUUCACCUGAUUUUAAAUAUCUUGAAAGCUUGUGGAAAAGACAAACAAAGUUAAAAUUAUUCUUGGAUCAGAUUAAAGAAGAAUUUAUAGAUGCACAUCAGAUUUUGCUCUUGCCAUUACAAAACCUAAACAUUUAAGAGGACCAUUAGGAUAUAACUUACAGCGGCUAGUUUGCUUUGAUCAUAGAGUAUAAGGUAGAUGAUGAGGACAGGAAAGAUUUACUGGUCAAAAGACUUCAUGAUAUUAACUUAAGUAGAUUGACCUAAGAAUAACUUAGGCAUUUAUGCAGAGAGUCUAUCGAAAUCUUACUUAAUCUAAGCUCAUACAAUGCAGAUUUCAAAGUACUGAAUCCAGACUGCUUUCUAUUAGUUAAAAAUAAAGAUGUUAAGUUGGAUCUGUUUUACUUAAGCAUAUUUGAGGAUUUCAAAAUUGAAAUGAGUUUAGACAAUGAUGAUCAUAAUGAAUAAGUUGAUUAAGAGUCUAUUGCAAGAGAAAUCCAAAAAUAAGAUGGAAUAAAAUUAAAUGAUCUCAAACAAACUUAUGAUAGCAUUAAGCUUAUUGGAAUGAGCAAAAGGUAUAUGUUUCCUGGAAUAGAUAAAUUAAUCUAAGACAAAAAUUUAAACAAAGAAAAUGACCUCUCUGAUAAAUAUAGAGUCUAUUCAUUAGGAGUAAUUAUCAAAGAAAUGAAUGAAAAAUUGAAGGAUCAGGAAGUUUCUAACCUUUCAAAAGAUUUUAUGUUGACUAUUUAAAACUAAGGAUCUCUUGAUUUGAUGGAGCAUAGUCUGCUAUAAAGAGACCUCGAUUAAUCUGAAUUCACCAUGGAUUUCAAAUAUACAAUUAAGAAGGAAGAUAUUCAUUAAUUCAUGCAUUUGAUGUGUAUUUAUUGA